AGCCUCGGACGCGCGGCGAGGCGGCCGCCGCCAGAGGAGCCCCCGCCCCUGCGCGCCUCCCUCCCGGGAGCCGGGCCCCUGCCUCCCUCCGUGCGCGUUGCUGCUCGCGGCCGCCGCGGCCGCCGAAGAGGAGCCCGGGGCCAGUCUGUUUGCAGGUCUGGCGGGGGGCCGGGCGGCAGCGGCGGCAGUGGUGGGAGAUGCCCGGGUGGCCUGCGGAGGUCCAUGUGGCGCUCUAGGUGGGAUGCCGGCGUCCUGAAGGCCGAGGCCCUGGCCCUGCUCCCCUGUGGCCUGGGCAUGGCAUUCUCCCAGUCCCACGUGAUGACCGCCCGGCGGCACCAGCACAGCCGGCUCAUCAUCGAGGUGGACGAGUACAGCUCCAACCCCACCCAGGCCUUUACCUUCUAUAACAUCAACCAGGGCCGCUUCCAGCCACCGCACGUGCAGAUGGUGGAUCCGGUGCCUCAUGAUGCCCCCAAGCCACCCGGCUACACACGCUUUGUCUGCGUCUCUGACACCCAUUCGAGGACGGACCCCAUUCAGAUGCCCUAUGGAGACGUGCUCAUCCACGCUGGGGACUUCACAGAGCUGGGGCUCCCGAGCGAGGUGAAGAAGUUCAAUGAAUGGCUGGGCAGCCUGCCCUAUGAGUACAAGAUUGUGAUCGCUGGCAACCAUGAGCUGACCUUUGACCAGGAGUUCAUGGCAGACCUCAUCAAGCAGGACUUCUACUACUUCCCGUCCGUGUCAAAGCUGAAGCCGGAGAACUACGAGAACGUGCAGUCACUGCUGACCAACUGCAUCUACCUGCAGGACUCAGAGGUCACCGUGCGGGGCUUCAGGAUCUAUGGCUCCCCGUGGCAGCCCUGGUUUUAUGGAUGGGGCUUUAACCUUCCCCGAGGCCAAGCCCUGUUGGAGAAAUGGAAUCUCAUUCCUGAAGGCGUUGACAUCCUGAUAACCCAUGGACCGCCAUUGGGCUUCCUGGACUGGGUCCCCAAGAAGAUGCAGCGCGUGGGCUGCGUGGAGCUGCUGAACACGGUGCAGAGGCGUGUCCAGCCACGGCUGCAUGUCUUUGGCCACAUCCAUGAAGGGUAUGGUGUCAUGGCGGACGGGACCACCACCUAUGUGAACGCGUCCGUGUGCACUGUGAAUUACCAGCCUGUGAACCCACCCAUAGUCAUCGACCUUCCCACGCCCCGGAACUCCUGACUGCUCCCCGCUGCCCCAGCUCUGCUCGCCUGCACCAGCUCCAUAUGACUGGCCAAGAGCACCGAUCCCCGGCCCUCUCCCUUCUCUGCAGAGCAGCCCAGAUGGCCUGUCUGGCCAUGGGACAGCCAGUGAUGGGUUGAGGCCUUGGGAAGAAGGAACUCGACCUUGACUGUUGGCCUUUUGCCACCUGCACUUGGGAGCCUGUUGGCCCACAGGGGUGCUGCACUACUUCUGUUUUCUGCGUGUACAUUGUGUGUACCUCGGUAAAAGACAGUAAGAGACUCACGACCCCGUCCUGCUUGGGAAAUGACUAAAUCCUGACCCUGCUCAGUUGACACCCCCUGGUUUUGAGAAGCCACUGCUUUUGGAUGGGUUUUGGAAGUUCCUGCACAAAAUGUCUCUCUGUCUGAGGGUCUGUGUGGCUGUGAGCCCCAGGGCUGGGGUGGAUGGGAGAUUUUGUGGCCUGGGCACAGACGGCCCUUCCUCUCCUGCCUGGUCGAGAGGAGAGGGGCCUGCUUGUGGCAGAGGCCCUCUGAUGGAGCGUUCAGGGACAUCUCAGGAAUUUGGACCACACCUUGCUGGGCCCACAAGUGACUGGCCUUGCAUGGUUUCCCCUUUUCUUCCUGUGCACACUUUCACCUUGAACAGUGGCCUGAGCGUCCAGGCAGCUGCUCAGGGCCUGGAUUUGGAGAAGUGGGUUCUACAGAAUGUGCCAUUUGAGUGCCCAGAACCUGCUGGAAGGUUCUCCAUCACAAUCCUUGGUCCUGUGCUGCUCUGCAGAAUACAACAGCUGGAGGGUCUGCAGGCCCACAGCGUGCGUGUGUGCACACAUGCAUCCCUUUAAACCUAACCAGGUGCACCCCACGUUUCUCAUCACUGUUCCACAAUGAGUGGAGCAAUGUUUCUUGGUGUGAUUUACCCUGCUGUUUGGGAUUCUGUCUGACAGACACACAGCAGAGGACAGACACCUAAAGAGUUCAAAUCCUCGCUGACCAGUACCUCCGGUUGCCGGGAGGUGGCGCAGUGACCGCUGGCUCUGGACUCUGGCAGCCCCACCUUGGGCAGUGGUCUUCUUU